UGAAUGACAACGCGGCUAUUUUAAGCAGGAGUCUAUCUCAAGCUCUCUAUCUUUUAGAUUACCUUACUUGUUGAAUAACGUGUGUGUGUGUGUGUGUGUGUGCGUGCGUGCGUGUGUGUGUGUGUGUGUGUGUGUUGCUUUUUUAUCCGUCUUUUUUUCUUCUUCAUUGCAUCAGGAUUACACAACUCUCAUGAGCCACAUCGGGAAGACAUGGGGUGGGCCACUGUCAUCAAAGAAGGCUCACAUCAAGUGCAGACCUGCUUGAUUUAAAUGAAUGUAGAGCUGGACAACAUCUGGCUGUAUGAUGCCUUUUACUUCCCCAUAGAUUUUAUUGUAAGUCCCAAGAGAAGAUCAGCUUUUACCCUUCAGUGCAUCACCUGAAUGGAAAUAUGGACACAUUCAAUGGAGGAUUUUUGACUCAACAUGCCCAGGAACUAUGAGCCUGGUCACUCAGUAGGGAUGUUGGCUGCCGUGGAACAUGGUCCCAUCCUCUGCAGCGACUCCAACAUCCUCUGCCUCUCGUGGAAAGGCAGGGUCCCCAAGAGCGAAAAGGACAAGCCAGUGUGCCGGAGACGGUACUAUGAGGAGGGCUGGCUCGCCACAGGGAACGGGAGAGGAGUUGUUGGGGUGACGUUUACAUCCAGUCACUGCAGGAGGGACAGAACCACACCUCAGAGAAUCAAUUUCAACCUGCGAGGACACAACAGCGAGGUUGUCUUGGUGCGUUGGAAUGAACCCUUUCAGAAGCUGGCCACUUGUGAUAUGGAAGGAGGUAUUUUUGUAUGGAUCCAGUAUGAAGGAAGAUGGUCUGUAGAGUUGGUGAACGACAGAGGAGCCCAGGUGAGUGACUUCACUUGGUCACAUGAUGGCACUCAAGCCCUCAUCGCCUACAGGGAUGGCUUUGUAUUAGUUGGUUCGGUCAGCGGACAAAGACACUGGUCCUCCGAAAUUAACCUGGAGAGUCAAAUCACCUGUGGAAUCUGGACACCUGAUGAUCAACAGGUCUUGUUUGGUACAGCAGAUGGUCAAGUGAUAGUGAUGGACUGUCACGGACGAAUGCUUGCCCAUGUUCUGCUACACGAGUCUGACGGGAUUGUGAGCAUGUCCUGGAACUGCCCUGAUUUCCUGGUCGAGGACAGCACAGAGAGCGACACGGACUCUGAUGACAAUAUUCUGCCAUUAGUGCGGCGAGUCAAGCCUUUGUUGACCGUCACCUUCUUAUCAGGAGAUAUCAGUUUAAUGAACAACUAUGAUGACCUCUCUCCUGCCAUAAUUCGCUCAGGGCUGAAAGAUGUUGAGGCCCAGUGGUGCUCCCAGGGAGACCUCCUGGCUGUGGCCGGUAUGGAGAGACAUGGGCUUCCUCCUGACUCUGCCUGCUCGUCCAUGAUGAGAAAUGCCCUUGUUAAGUUCUAUAAUGUCCAAGGAGAACACAUCUACACCUUGGAAACUCCGGCACAGAGACCCAUCACUACCAUCUGUUGGGGUCACAGAGACUCUCGUCUAUUCCUUGCAUGUGGACCAGCACUGUAUGUGGUGCGCGUAGAACACAGGGUGGCCAGCCUCCAACUUUUAUGCCAGCAGGGCAUCGCCAGUGCCCUGCGAGAGGAGAAAGACGUGGGGAAACUGAACAUGCCCUCACUUCUCUGCUCUUAUGUCACCACUGCUUUCAUACCCACCAUCAAGCCCCCAAUCCCUGACCCCAACAAUAUCCGUGACUUUGUGAGCUAUCCCACAGCUGGGAAUGAGAGGCUCCAUUGUACCAUGAAGCGAGCAGAGGACAGCCCUGAGGCGGGCGGACCCUGCUACACUCUCUACCUAGAAUAUUUAGGAGGACUGGUGCCUAUACUCAAGGGAAGGCGCAUCAGUAAACUGCGGCCUGAGUUUGUCAUUAUGGAUCCAAAAACGGACAGCAAAGCAGAGGAGGUGUGUGUGAAUCCCAUGAUCUCAUACACUGACAGCUGUAACUGCUCUGACUCCAGUGACAUUGAGUUAAGCGAUGAGUGGGUUGGGAAGAAGUCACCAAAGUUAUCCCGAGGAAACAGGUCACCCAGACAUUACAUGAUGAAUUUGGAAUCGAGAAAAUCUCCCAAACUUUCACGCGCACACCAGGAAGGCCAACGCUCGCCACGGUUGCCAACAAAGAAGCCUCCGGUUCGGUCUCCCAGUCUAACACGUCGAGAGUUUUCAAUGGAUGGGAUUACAGAGCACAACUACCUUGCUCAAGUAACAUCCAACAUUUGGGGGACCAAAUUCAAAAUUGUUGGACUUGCUUCUUUUCUCCCCGCCAAUCUUGGUGCAGUGAUCUAUAAGACAAGUUUGCUUCAUCUGCAGCCGAGACAGAUGACAAUAUACCUUCCAGAAGUGCGAAAGAUUUCUCAUGACUUUAUGAGCCUGCCUGUGUUCAACCCUAAUGUGUUCAGUGAGGAUGAGGAUGACUUACCAGUGAUGGGACCAUCUGGAGUGGCAGGAGACAAUCCUCCCUGUACAGUCAACAUUCCCAUUGCUCCCAUCCACAGCCCAGCUCAGGCUAUGUCUCCAACUCAGAGCAUCGGCCUGGUUCAGUCUCUUCUGGCCAAUCAGAAUAUUCAGCUUGAUGUCCUGACCAACCCUACAGCCACAGCAGCAGCUGCAGCUGCAGCGGCAGCAGCUUCUGUUCCUGUUACUGAUCAUGGGCAGGAUGCAGUUGCAACACCGUACCCAGUGCCAACCAGAUACUCAAACCCUGGUCAGGUGAUCUUUAAUGGGCUAGAGAUGGGUCCGCUUCUUCCUGGUACUCUUCCUCCACCACCUCCACCUCACCAUCUCCCACCACAGCCUCACCCACAGCGGUCUCACCCACAACAGUCUCGCCAACAGCAGUCCAAACAGUUACAACAAAUGCAGACACAGCAGCAGCAGAAAAUGCAUCAUCAUCAACAACAACAACAACAACAACAACAACAACAGCAACAGCAGCAGCAGCACCAGCAGCAGCAGCAGCAACAACACCAUCAUCAGUCACAAUCACAACAACAACAGCAACAACAACAACAGCAGCAGCAAUUACAGCAGCAACAUCAACAGCUACAGCAACUGCACCACCAGCAGACGCUACUUCAACAGCAGCAGCAACAACACCAACACCAGGUCCAGCAACACCAACAAAUACAAAAAAACCAACAGCAAGUGACCCCCCAACAACUUCAGCACCAACAUCAAAUCCAACAGCAGCAACAACAGAUGCAGCUGCAGCAUGAACAGAUGCAGCAGCAGCAGCAGCAGAUGCAGCAGCAGCAGCAGCAAAUCCGGCAACAGAUCCAGGAGAUGAGGCAGCAGCAGCAGCAGCUCCAGCAGCAGCACCAGCAAAUCCAGCAGCAGCAUCAACAGAUGCAGUGGCAGCACCACCAAAUGCAGCAGCAGCUGAAGAUGCAAAUGUCACUGCCCCCACCUCCGACUGGCUAUCCAACCAUUUCUUUACAGCGGCUUCAUCUUCUGCCUCAGAUUGGCCCUCCUACCACUGAGCCUGGGCUUGACAGGGGGGAGCAUGGACACACUCUUAAGCCAAGUCUGCCGCGGAUUUUACCUCCCUUCAGUGACGCGGAUGGAUCUGUGGAGAUUCAAAUGAGGAAGGUGAAUCCUCCUCCUCCAUACCCGGGCACUGUAGUGUCUGCAGCGGUGGCUACAGCCGCCACUACACCUCAAACUCUUGUCACAAACUGUGACAGCCCAAAUGUCCUGGCAACAGACCCCUGCCUGAAAAAGGAUGAAUUUUUGCUUCACCCUGUCACCAUACAGUACCCAACACCUUUGGGAUAUGAAAGAAUCACGACCUUUGACAGCAGUGGCAAUGUGGAGGAGGUUUGUCGGCCACGCAGGCGUCUCAUUCGCAACCAAAAUGCAUAUGCUGUCCAUGGCUCGGCCACGCUCAAAGUCACUUCCUCUGAGAGUAAAAAAAUUCAGCUUCCCUACAGUUCAGCAACAUUGAGCCGUCUCUCCGUCCCUCGCUACUCAAUACCUAGUGGAGACCCUCCUCCUUACCCAGAUCCAGCCAAUCAAGUAACUGCUACACUUCCACCUCCCCAGAGAAUUGAUAGCAGUCUGAUUCAUGCCACGCUACGCCGUGAUGGCAGGGACAUGGGACUCAAAGUGCCACAGAUGAUGGAAAGCUCAAGAACUCUUCCCACCAAGGCUAAAAUGAACAGUGCACUCGCACUUACCUACCAGCAGAGGCUGCCCACUGCAUUGUACACAUGCACACAGUGCAGCAGUAACAGCAGCAGUACCAGUGUCAGUGUUAGUGGUGGUGGAACUACAAGUAGUGGCAUUGCAGGUGGAACAGUGGUGAGGCAGGACUUCCCACCAGGGAAAGGAGCACAUCACAGCACCAUUAUUGUGCACUCCAAAGGUGCCUCACCCCUGGCAUCUCAGUCAUCGUACAGUCUGCUGGGUGCUGUUGAUAACAGCAGGGACAGAACAGUGUAUGUUAACUCUGCCUUUACUGAAGAUGAGACUUUAAAUCAGCAGUGUCACCUUGAAAAAUCUGUCCGUCAGCUGACUCUUGGCGAUGUCAAUUUGACAGUUAAACGCCCUCCGCCUUACCAGUGGGACACCUCCACCACAGAGGAAUUCUGGCUCACCCCAGAACAAACAAUGUUAGGUCCUCCACCAGGACCUCAUAAACCGCCUCAACUCAUCAUCAGUCAAGCUCAGCACUUAGACAUGACUCGGCUACCGUUUGUCCUCACGACGAAACCUCCAACAAGUCAGAGCACGAGCACUCUUACUUUCCCAUCAGGCUACCAGAUAUCCCUUUCGCCUUUUCCUCCAGGUGUGGGUCACAGUGGUCCUCCACUUCAGACCUUACAGAACCCUCCACCACAGUGUUCACCAAAUGAAGUGGUUGCUUCAGUCCCUUUUGCUCAGCAGGACCCCAAUUUGGUCUUGCCACCAGGUUAUCCUCCAAAUCUCGCUAAUUUGGCCUGCUGCCCUCUCCCUCCAAUGUAUCCAGGAGCCAGCUCAUGUGCUGGACUUCAGCUGCACCCUGUCAACCUUCAUCCCUGGAAUCCUUACCCCUGCCCACCUCCCAUGCAAGACCCUCCAGCACCUCCCCUCCCUACUAAAACUCAUCAGAUUUUAGAGAAGCCGAUUCUCUCCCCACCUCCUCCUACUGUGCCGCCUCCACCACCACCUCUCCCUCCUCCUCCUCCACCUAGUGAGCUACCGCCAUCCAAGAGUGCCACAGAGGAUCAGGCAGAGUCUGCCAACAACUUUCCAGAGCCAUCAUCCCUGAAUGAAAGCCCUGUGCCACAGGAGUCAGAUCGCUUCAACAAGAAGAGCCGGAAAAGACUGGACAGCAGAGCAGAGGAGACCAACAUGACCACUGUCUCUGAGGGCAAAUCCAGAAAAGAAGGGCGUGCGCUCUCUGACUUCAACACUCUGAUUUCUAGCCCAAGGCUUGGCAGCAGAGAGAAAAAGAAGCCCAAGGGGCAGAGAGAGCAACUCAAUAAAACUAAGAAGAUGAGUAGGACCACAAAUGAGUUCCAGGAUAGCUCAGAGAGUGAGCCAGAGCUGUUUAUUAGCGGCGAUGAACUCAUGAACCAGAACCAGAGUAGUAAGAAGAGCUGGAAGAACAAGCGCAGCCUGCGAAUGGCGAGUGAGCUCGAGGAGAUAAAGUGCCGCAAGGCAAAUGAAAGAGAGGACCGUAGUUUGGGAAGCCAAGGAUUUGUCUAUGUCAUGGCCAAUAAACAACCAUUGUGGAACGAAGCCACCCAGGUCUACCAGCUUGAUUUUGGAGGUCGAGUCACGCAGGAGUCAGCAAAGAAUUUUCAAAUUGAGCUGGAUGGUAGACAGGUGAUGCAGUUUGGGCGAAUUGAUGGCAAUGCCUAUAUCUUGGAUUUCCAGUAUCCUUUCUCAGCAGUGCAGGCAUUUGCUGUUGCCUUGGCCAAUGUGACUCAAAGGCUAAAGUGAAAAGGUUAUUUUGUGCUCUUGUACGCUAAUACAAAAGAAGCCACACUGGUCGUACAGUCCAUUGUGUGGGGCUAUAGCUGGGAAAAUGUCAGUGCUGUGGUGGUUCUUUUUGUAAAGAAUAGAUUAAUAUACAAGUUGGCCUUGCACAUACAGAUCAUUUUACAAUCAUUCUGUUGAAGGCAAAGUCAGUCUAGGUCAGUGGUCAUGGAGGCUGGAGACCAAUUACUCCAUAAUUUCUAGUUCAUAUGAAUGAAUGAAUGUACUCAAGCUAGUUUUAUUUAUUAUUCAACUGUUAUUUUGCAAAGUAAAAAAAAUUCAACCUUUCCUGGACAACAAAAAGUAAAAUAAAUUGGAAUGGAUUUUAAAAGCAGUUUGGAGGGUUAGUACCACAUGUGGUGCCAAAGACACCUUCCCUCUCUUAAAAUGAUGGCUACAUUUUAUUGAUUUGUUUUAUGUUAGGGAUCUUAAAAAAUAGAAUAUAUCAGAAAAUAUCUACAUUGUGAAGUACGGUAUCACUCAAAAUUGCAAAUAAAUGUUCACAAAGCCAUACCAUAUCUGAUACAAACACUGCACUAUUCACUAUUAAAUUCAGUUUUAAGUUUGUAAAUAAAUAAGUUUAGUUAUGAAUAUCAAACUGUUUUUUCCGAUAUCUGCAUUUGUAUCUUUAUUCUUUAUUCAAAUUACAUAUGUUCAAGGCAAUGAUUGUCUAUUUUUUGUUGUUGUUAAAUGUCCUCUACAUUAUGUUCAAAUUGCUGAACAUGCAAUAGAAGAAUAUAUUGAUUCUGUAACUGCAACAUGAAGAGUUGUGUACAGUUUACCAUAGUUUGUAUAUUUUCUAUUCAUGAUACUUCUAUGAAGUUGUGCAAUGAACAUAGUAAAUCUUAUUACUUUGGUCACAAUAUUGCAAAUCAUUAUUCAGUCAGAGCUGUUAUGUUCUGACAAUGUAUUGUUCAUUUUUUCAAGUGUAAAUCUACAUGUUCCUUUUCAUUACCAAAACUCCCCUCUACUGACUACUAAUUGUCAGUAAUCGUCAACAGUAAGUUUACUUGUGCCAUAAAUAGCCAAAUAAUAUAUGCAUUUGACUGAAAGUAAGUUAGUGGGGAAGGUGGUGGAAAAUUGUUCCAUCCUAAAUAUUAAAGAUUUGCAUAAACAGAGAUCCUCUCUAUGAAUCUCACACUUGGAUGGCUCUGUGUUGUUUUCGUUGGUUGUUUAUGAUGCUACUACAUCAGUAGUUUGCCUUGUUGGAAAUCAGUGCUGCUUUAAAUAGAUAGAGCUUGUGUGCAAUAAUGCUACCUACAUAGAACUGAUGUUGUACUUGCAAAAGAAAAUAAAAAGCUGCCUGCACUGUGCAUUUAGUAAAUGACUUGACAUCAUUAUAGGCUAUGCUUAGAAAAGUGUGUGUAUGUGUUGCUAAUUUCAGUAAUUUUGUAUUUCACCUUUGCUUUAACAUGGUACCAAGAGUUUUUUGAUGUUACAAAAAAGAAUGAGAACAAUCAGCUUUCAAAGGUAUUAAAUACAACAUUUUCAUAAGUUGCUUAGAUUAACAGUUUGUAAGAGUGAGAUUCAUGUUGAUUUGGUGCUAAUGUAUAAAGAAACAAAUGUUAAAAUGUUUGGACAUUUGUCAUUUGCUAAGUAGAGAGAGAGCUACAGGAAAUUUAGUGCAGAGCGUUUUCAUUUAGAGCUUUUUACAGCAAUGCAGCUUCAGAGACGUCUGCUUCAGUGUGUGUCACUUAUCAGCAGUACUGCCUAAUUAAUAGUUGGUUGCCUAAUUUUUUUCUCUCUUAUUUUGUGAAAGAAACAAAUAUGAUAUGACCAUAGGUUUACAUGGACCUAUAGG